AUGCCAGCCCGUGUGCCCUCCUCGCUGGGGAUCUUGCUGGUCUAUGACAUCACCAACCGCUGGUCGUUUGACGGGAUCGACCGCUGGAUCCGAGAGAUCGACGAGCACGCCCCUGGCGUGCCCCGGAUCCUGGUGGGGAACCGCCUGCACCUGGCCUUCAAGCGGCAGGUCCCCACGGAGCAGGCGAGGGCGUACGCCGAGAAGAACGGCAUGACCUUCUUCGAGGUCAGCCCGCUGUGCAACUUCAACGUCAUCGAGUCGUUCACCGAGCUGUCGCGCAUCGUGCUCAUGCGGCACGGCAUGGAGAAGUUCUGGAAGCCCAACAGAGGUGGGUGGCGGCCUGUUUGGUGGGCGGCGGCCUGUUUGGUGGGCGGCAGCCUGUUUGCCUGUUUGGUGGGCGGCGGCCUGUUUGGUGGGCGGCGGCCUGUUUGGUGGGCGGUGGCCUGUUUGGUGGGCGGCGGCCUGUUUGGUGGGCGGCGGCCUCCGACUGCUGGAGGUCGCAUCCUGUUUGGUGGAAGCAGCUGGAUUUAUUACCAGUGA